CUUAAAGGGGGGGAAAAAUGAAACGUACACACAGCGAUCAAAUAAUAGCAAUCAAAAUGAGGUUAUUUAGAUUUUUUUUUUUUGCAAACAUAACAAAAUAACACAUACAUUAAGUAUUGUUGUAUGUGUUAUUCUUUCUCCCCCCAAAAUUGUAUAACCAACAGCCUAUUACAAAUAAACAUGAUUGUUGUUUUUCUUCUUCUAAUGUAUUAAAUAGCCCUGCGAUUGGCUGGCAAGCAGUUGGGGGCGUGCCCCGCCCCGCCUCCUGCCCGAUGAUAGCUGGGAUAGGCUCCGGCACGCCCGCGACCCGCGUGAGGAGAAGCGGAACGGAAGAUGAAUGAUUUUAGAGUUGUUGUUUUUUAGGGUAUUUUUGUUUGUGUCAUUUUUAGUUUUUAAUGUCUUUUGAUCUUUUUUUGGGGAUAAUUUUACAUGGGGCAUAUUUAGACUUUUUUGAGGCCUUUAGAGCUUUUUGGUAGUUUUUUAUACUUCAUUUUUAGGUGACUAGGUCUCUGGUGAUUUUUUUUAUUUUUUAUUUUUAAGAUAUUCAGAUAUUUUUGGUUUAAGGUCAUGAGAGGAAUUGUUUCUUAGGUCACUUUAAUUUUUUUUCAGGUCUUCUGGGUUUUCUUUACAUGUCGCCAUUUAAAAUGUGCCGACCCAAAAAAGAAGGCAAAAGGUCAAAACGAGCUGCAGCGCGAGUCGUCGUGCGUGCUCGAAACGACGACGACGCCCGCCAUCACGGUUACCAUGGCGAUGCUGAGGCCAAGUCGGCGUGAAUUCAAAAGCGGCGCAAAUUGAAGUCCAAUUUCUCACGUGUGAGUUUCGACAGCGGUUCUCCCGCGACAAACACCGAGGAUGCGCGUUGUCGUCGUGUGAAACGACGCCGGCUGUUGCGCGAGCUAAGCCGGGCCGCCGCCCGGGCCCGCCGGCCGUCUCGGCGUGUGUUUCUAUCUCCAAGAGACGUCGAUUGUUCUCUCCUAAAGCGUAUGUGGUGGAUUUAAGAUAUUGUGUUUCCAAAAGUGUAUUAACGAGAUCGUAUCCACCGCAGAAAACGCCUCGCCUGCUGGGAAAACAUGGCCGAGGCGCAUCCCGUGGGCCGUCCGCUGACUUUCUUGAAGCUUAGGAGACGGCGGACAAAGUUCAAAGGUCAUCGGGAUCACCGAGAGCUGGCAAUUGUUUAACUCGAAGAUAAGAAGGAGAAAAGCCGAACGGAGGCGCGACUGACGACAUGGAGCUUCAAAGGCGUUUUGACGACACCUCAGUGGGCAUGCCCUCAUGACCUGUGACGAGUGGCGGGAAGAAGUGAAGAAGAGGAAGAGGACGGCAGGAUGUGGAGCAAGCUGCGGAGCGUGGCGUGGCACUAUCGGCGCGCGCUCUUCAUCGGGGUGACGCCGCCGCUGCUGCUCCCUCUUCCUCUCGUUAUCGCCACCAAAGAGGCGUGUUGCGCCUUCGUCCUUCUCACGAUGGCUGUCUUCUGGACCACCGAAGUCAUCCCUCUGCCCGUCACCGCCAUGUUGCCCGCCAUCCUCUUUCCCGCUUUUGGCAUCAUGACGUCAUCGCAGGUGGCGACGGCGUACUUCAAGGACUUCCACUUCCUGUUGGUGGGCGUCAUCUGCCUGGCCACCUCCAUCCAGAAGUGGGGUCUCCACCGGAGGGCAGCCCUCCGUCUGGUCGGCGCCGUGGGCGUCCAGCCGGCCCUCUUGACACUGGGCUUCAUGUCGGGCUGCGGCUUCCUCUCCAUGUGGGUGCACAACACCUCCGCCGUUACCAUGGUGAUGCCCAUCGCCGAGGCCGUCCUCCGCCAGGUCCGGCGAGCCGACGACGGGGGCGGGCGGUUGGCCGGCGAGGGGCCCCGCCGGGGACGCGACGACCGGGGCCUGCAACUGGACGAGAUUCAUGUUGAGAAGGAGAAUGAAGGUUCGGGGGAGGAGCACAAACUUCCGGAAGAAAGAUCCUCAUCAUCGUCCUCAUCAUCAUCAUCAUCAUCAUCAUCAUCAUCAGAUGCCACUCAGGCGGCGUGUGCGACAGCGCCCCCUAGGGACCUGAUGGUGGGCAAGGCCAUGUGCAUCGGCGUGGCCUACGCCUCCAACAUCGGCGGCAUCGCCACUUUGCCGGGAACGUCGCCUAACCUCAUCUUCUCCGAGUAUCUUCGGCAGAUUUACCCAGAAUGCAACUGCAUCAACUUUGGCAAGUGGCUGGCAUUGUGUUUGCCCAUCAGCGUCCUCAUGUUGCUGCUCACGUGGGCGUGGCUCUGCUGGCUCUUCAUCGGCUCAGACGUCCGGUCGCUGUGGCGAUGCGGAGGAGAGCUCUCCGAGAGGGAAAAAGCCAGCAGGAAAGUCAUCCGAGACGAGUACAGAGCGCUUGGACCCAUGAGUGGUCAGGAGAUGUUCACUCAGGUGGUCUUCCUCCUGAUGGUCUUGUUGUGGCUGACCAGAUCUCCGGGCUUCUUUCCGGGCUGGGCCUCCUUCUUCCCUCGUCACGCCGACUACGUGACCGAUGCCACCGUGGCUCUCGUCCUGGGAACCCUCUUCUUCCUGGUCCCGGCCUACGGACCCUCUCGGAAAUAUGAGAGCAUGAUCACCUGGGAGGAGUUCCAGGCUUCCAUGCCGUGGGAAGUGGCCCUUCUGGUGGGCGGAGGCUUUGCCCUGGCCGAAGGUACAAAGGAGUCGGGUUUGUCGCGGUGGGUGUCGGAGCUUCUGUCCCCUCUGGGCGAUCUUCCCCCGCUGGCCACCGUGGCCGUGGCUUGCAUCAUCGUCACCAUGGUAACCGAGCUGGCCAGCAACGCCACCACCAUCACCAUAUUCCUGCCCAUCCUCUCGCCUCUGGCCGAAGGCAUCCACGUCAACCCGCUGUCCGUGCUGAUCCCGGCCACGUUGUGCGCGUCCUUCUCCUUCCUGCUGCCGGCAUCCAAUCCUCCCAACGCCGUGGUUUUCGCCUACGGACACUUCAGCGCCGCAGACAUGGUGAAGGCGGGGCUGGGCGCCAACGUGAUCGGCCUCCUCGCCGUCCUAUUGGCGGUCAGCACGUGGGGUGUGCCAUUGUUCUCUCUGGAUACGUACCCCGAUUGGGCGCCGCCGUUCAACGCCACGGCGCCGUGACAGACGUCGCCGGCAAAUACUUCCAUGUAUUUGUAUUGGUUUUUGUUUAUAGAUACACUUCUGUGGCAAUGUUACUGUAAUAAACACUGGAUAAACCAAGAGUUAGAGAAAUUGUACAGCAUAAAUGCAAGGAAUGCGGUAUACAAAGUUUUGGGACAAAGCCUGAAGCUGCUCUUAC